UACAGCUAGAGCUGGAGCUGGAGCUGGAGCUGUAGAUAGAGAUAGAGAUAGCGAGAAGAGAGCACUCACUGCUGACGGAUCAUGCUUAUGGGCUUUUUCCUGGACCUCUUUGCUUGCCGCAGAUUCCGCGGCGACGCCCCCCCGAUGGACGUGCCACCACCUCCGACUGUAAUGGUGGCACCAACGCCGUUCCCGGAGGCUGUGGUUGUGGAGCCACCCAUGGGGUAUCCCCAUCCCACAAUCGAUGAAGAGCAGGUCCAGGAACUGGAAGUGGAAGUGGACGACAGCUACGAGGGCUAUGAUGAUCCACGCCUGCCCGAGCUCAUAAUCUAACAGAUGCCGCAUGCUACUACCUGCCACAAUCCCACAUGCCACACCUCAUCCCACUUCCCCUGCGCUCCAUUCAUUUGGCUUAAUUAAAACUCUUUUGCAAUAAUCCAAUUACGGGCAAAAGGCAAAAACCAAAUGACAACAAAUGGCAUAAUGGCCAGACAUUUUCCAUAAAACUCUCUCUAUGAAAAAAACAAAAAACAAAACACACAAUCAAAUGUAUCCAAUAGAAGACGAGCGGGCACGUUGGGAGUCGCAGCUAGCGUCUCGGCUCUACAUUCAUACCGCCCGAGGGCGCACCCUGCACCGGGAAGAGUCUGCGAAGCACGUGGCCUGCUGAUCUGCUAGAUACGGUUCUUCCCUACGAUUCCGCGCUUUUUCGUUGUCUCAUAGACUAUAAAUCGAAUAUACCCUAAUAUUGCACACUGUUCGAGUACUGGGUAUGAAAAUGAACAAACAGAAAGAACAAAAAACAACGCAAACAACGGAAACAAAGCAGCAAAACUCCACAACAAACAAUGCGAUAAAAUUCAAUUACAACAAAUUUUUAAUUAACUUUUUGCAAUCAAAACACAGAACAAAACAGAAAAGAACCCGAACCCCGAAUGAGAAGAGUGCGAAUGCGAAUGCAAAUGCAAAUACAAAUCACCCAAAAACCUAA